CCCCCACCCAGAGCUCCUGUUAGCAAGACAGUGGCUGACAAGGGUAAGUAGAACUAGAGUUGUCUAUAUUCAUGUUUUGAGGCGCCGGCUACAGGUAGGACCUUGUAGUCUUGUCUGUCAGGCGCAGUCUGUGUCAGUCUAUUAUAGUCUGUGUAAUAAAAUAUAACAAAAUAGUCUGUGUACUUUCAACUGUUCCUCUUAUAACAAAAUAGUCUGUGUACUUUCAUCUGCUCUACUUAUAACAAAAUAGUCUGUGUUCUUUCAACUGUUCCUGGUUUCAAAUGCUUGUAAGUUUUAUUCAUCUAUUACAUGUGUUGUUUUUUUCGAGGCAAACAAAAUUCCUAGAAACCUCGUCAUAGCUUAGAUCACAAUUGAUUUGUCAACAUGACUUGCAUUUUCAUUUUUUUAAAUUAAGCUUAAGUUUCUCUUUGUUUAAGUCUUUAAUUAAUCCUCAUAGCAAUUAUUCCUAAUGAACGCACUAAAUAUUUGCCUCAAAUAUGUUUUCUAAAACGCAGUGUCAGUAACCUUUUUGUGUAGAGGGCCCCAUAGAAUGUUUGUUUUUUUCGUUUUUUUUGUUGUUUUUUUGUAUUGCGAAUCACUGAAUAAUUUUUUUGUAUACCUCAUACACGUCAUCAAUGACGGGAUUCAAACAAUCGUUCCUAGUUCAUUCAGCAAACAAUCAGCCUAAUAAUUGCUUAACAUUUCUCAGAUGAUUAGUAUUCAUUUAAUAGUUAUGAUUACUGGUCAAUAGUUUUCACCAAUAAGUAUAAGCAUUCAUAAUUUUUUUACAUUUUAAGAUAAAACAUGAGUCUUGUCUCAGUUUGAUGGUUUGUUUUCUGAACAGUUCUAGGACUACCAUCUAAGUUUGAUGGUUUGUUGUCUAAACAGUUCAAGAACUACAACCUCGGUUUGGUUUGUUGUCUGAACAGUUCUAGGACUACCAUCUCAGUUUGAUGGUUUGUUGUCUGAACAGUUUUAGGACUACCAUCUCAGUUUGGUGGUUUGUUGUCUGAACAGUUCUAGAACUACCAUCUCAGUUUGGUGGUUUGUUGUCUGAACAGUUCUAGGACUACCAUUUAAUUUCAGUUUGGUGGUUUGUUGUUUGAACAGUUUUAGGACUACCAUCUCAGUUUGGUGGUUUGUUAUCUAAACAGUUCUAGGAUUAUCAUCUCAGUUUGGUGAUUUGUUGUCUGAACAGUUCUAGGACUACCAUCUUAGUUUGGUGGUUUGUUGUCUGAACAGUUCUAGGACUACCAUCUCAGUUUUGUGGUUUGUUGUCCAAACAGUUCUAGAACUACCAUCUCAGUGUGUUUGUAUGUUGUCCGAACAGUUCUAGAGCAAGCAUCUCAGUUUGGUGGUUUGUUUUCUGAACUGUUCUAGAACUACCAUAUCAGUUUAGUGGUUUGUUGUCUGAACAGUUCUAGGACUACCAUCUCAGUUUGGUUGUUUGUUGUCCGAAAGGUUCUAAGACUACCAUUUCAGUUUGGUGGUUUGUUGUCCGAACAGUCCUAGGACUAGCAUCUCAGUUUGGUGGUUUGUUGUCCGAACAGCCCUAGGACUAGCAUCUCAGUUUGGUGGUUUGUUUUCCAAACAAUUCUAGAACUACUAUCUCAGUUAGGUGGUUUUUUGUCUGAACAGUUCUAGGACUACCAUCUCAGUUUGGUGGUUUGUUGUCUGAACAGUUCUAGGACUACCAUCUCAGUUUGGUAGUUUGUUGUUCAAACAAUUCUAGGACUACCAUCUCAGUUAUGUGGUUUGUUGUCUGAACAGUUCUAGGACUACCAUCUCAGUUUGGUAGUUUGUUGUUCAAACAAUUCUAGGACUACCUUCUCAGUUUGGUGUUUUUUUUUGUCUCAACUGUUCUAGGACUACCAUUUCAGUUGGCUGUUUGUUGUCUGAACAGUUCUAGGAUCACGUUCACAUUUGUUGUCCCAACAGUUCUAGGAUCACGUUCACAUUUGUUGUCCCAACAGUUCUAGGAUCACGUUCACAUUUGUUGUCCCAACAGUUCUAGGAUCACGUUCAGAUUUGAUGACGUCAAAUGGAGGACGGCAGACUGGGGGCGGUGAACCGUGGCAUCAGAAGAAACCGGAAGGUCAUCUACGUCACGAAUGAGAUCAUCAAAAACAAACAGGUCAGUAGAGGCCAGAAAUAGGUCACAUGGAUGACUAGACCGAAUCACACAGUUGCAGGUUGCCCAGAAAUUCAUCUAUUAAUUGGAAUUUUAAGUUAAGAUUUGUCAACAAUGCAGUUAUUAGUAAUAGUACACAUCGCAGUUUACUUCUUAUUUUUGAAAUUGUUUACAUCUAAUGUUAACCUUUAAGAUCUCUGAGAUUUAAAAUUUGUUUGUAAGACUAUUCUGAUAUGCUUAAGGGUCAUCCAUAAAGUAGGUCACGCUAUUUUCAGACAAUUUUACCCACUACCCCACCCUCCACCUUGUUGACGUUAUAUGGUGGAAUCUGUCACUAAUCCCAGACCCUCCUCGCGACUCUUUCGAUCUAAAAAAAAAAUUAAAGUAGAAAAAUAUUAAAAUUUAAUCUAAAAUACACCUCACUAUAAAAUUGUUAAAUGUAUAAAAGUGAUAUAUACCGUAACAAUAUAUCGAUCACAACAGAAAGUUUAACAAAAUUGUCAAUUUCAUUUUAUAUAAAUUAUAUGCAUUAUUAAACAAUAUAUUAAAUAUGUGACGUCACACAAGAUAUCCCUCUCACUUUUUCAAAAACUGUCAAACUAUUUUAGAACCCCCCCCCCCCACAUUUUUCCGGAGCAUGAAUUAUUUUUGUGACGGUGACGUCACACAAGAUAUCCCUCUCACUUUUUCAAAAACUGUCAAACUAUUUUAGAACCCCCCCCACCCCACAUUUUUCCGGAGCAUGAAUUAUUUUUGUGACGGCCCAUUAGUUCUAGGCAACACAAUUUUUGACAAUUUAUUUACUUAGGAUAUACAACAUUCCUUUUGGAAUACACUUACCUGGCAUAUUAUUAAUACUAUUAGUGGUUUAAUAUAGCGUGGUACCCCAGCCUAGGGCUACACGUCAAGCCAUGGACGACACCCAGCAGCAUCGUUUUACGGUCAGAGGUGGGAAUCAGUCAGGACAGUAGAGUUUAAAAAGUGUGGUUUUGAGAGCAGUUUUGAAGGCUGUGAUGGUCGGUAUAUUACGGAUGUGUAAUGGAAGAGAAUUCCAUUGCUUGGGGGUACAGAAAGAGAAAGAUCGUUCACCGUUUUUUUUUGUCCGAGUCUUUAAGACUGAAAGAAAAAUGUACAAUAAUAGAGUUGGAAUCUAUUUAUGAAGUAUAAAAAUAAUAGACGUAAUCCAUUUACAUUGCCUAUCCGAUAAUAGACUUGGAAUCUAUUUACAUAGCCUAUACCAAAAUAGAUUUGGAAUACAUUUACAUAGAAUAUACAACAACAGAAUUGCCAAAAUAGAUCUGGAAUACAUUUACAUUAAUAUGCAACAAUAGCCUUGCCAAAAGGACUUUAGUUUUAUUCGUCUUCCCAAAACUCUUCAGAAACUGUUUGAAAGCAGCCUGGUCCGAGACCAUGACAAGAUGGUGUACAAGCUGGCUGCCAGUGAGUUCAAGGCCAGGAAAGCCGCACUCAUGAACCGAGUUCUACUACAAUGUCUGAAUGUUAACAAGAAGGUGAUGUGCUUAAAACAAACAAAGAAAAUGAAACGUGGUUUGAAUGUGUGCCUUUUUUUGUUUUAAUUGGUGUUUUUUUUAAAUAUUAGUGACGGAGAGGGAGAAGGUCAGAGCCAUUUCUCUUCCACAAGAGAAUCGUGUGACCCGCAGCUUCCUGCGCAAUAAUGUACGCCAUGAUGCCAAGGGUCAAGCACAGCAAGAACAAGACCAAGAAUUUCAUUAAAAACGAAUUUGCAAUCGAUCUCCCUAUCAAAGCCUGUCAUUUCUCUGUCACAUCAUCAAAGCCGGUCAUUUCUCUGUCACAUCAUCAAAGCCUGUCAUUUCUCUGUCACAUCAUCAAAACCGGUCAUUUCUCUGUCACAUCAUCAAAACCGGUCAUUUCUCUGUCACAUCAACAAAACCGGUCAUUUCUCUGACACAUCAUCAAAACCGGUCAUUUCUCUGUCACAUCAUCAACGCCUGUCAUUUCUCUGUCACAUCGUCAGAUACUUUCUCAGCUGCCAUGUUAUUAUAAAGAUACAUACUCUUCUAUAUAAAUGUAAAUAUAUAUAUGCCUAGCAGGUGUCGGUGCCCAGCAAUGCAUCAGAUCUUGGUGUCUACGGAGGAAGGCCCUUGGACUCGUUCAGUAAAGACAUUGAACAGUGGAUCGCCUGGCAACACCCUAGACUCAGGAGACUUAGGAAGGUGGACCAGAUCAAACGGAACUGUUUGAAUGUGAGUGAUCAAUGUUGACGGCGAACUCAGCUGUGGGGAAAACAUAAUGAUAUUAUUUCUGUACACAAGUAUGGUAGAUAACUGUAACAUUUAUCAAUAAACCCAUUUCCCCCAG